AACACAUAUACCUAACAUUUACAUAAUUGCUGAUUUUUUUGGUUUCCUAACUUGUUACCAUUAUGAGGUCCGUAAAAACUAAUAAAUAAUCUAAAAAUUUACGACUCCGUAAUUAAAUAAAGACAAAGAUGUAAAUAAAAAAUAGCAAUUAAUACGCCAUCUGGUGAUAAGUUUUCAAGACGUCAAAACAGUAAUGGCGGAUUUCAUGUGUUGUAUAGUUAGUGAAUUUGUUGUUUACGACUUAUUGUUUAGAUAACUUGAAUUUAUUAUUGUAUCAAGAUAUUAAACGCCAUUUUUUAUGUGUGAAAAUACCAACUACAUUGAAGUGAAGAAGACUCGGAGAUGAAUUUUACUGCUUUCUCAGCGGUGGGGGGAGCGGGGACACAUUUUAUAACAACGGCAGGCCAGCUACCGGUGGCCAAACUACAGCAGAACAUAACUAACAAUGGUGGCACCAUGCAACAGGUUGUGGGUGUCAUGGGAGGUGUCAGUUUACCGGAUGGCAUGCAGUAUGUCCGUACUCUGGAUGGUGGAGCCACACUGCAGACACCACAACUCAUAACCGUACCUAUAGCAUUGCCUGGUGCUAAACCAGGUGAUCCGCAGCCAACAGUACAAAUUCAAGUCCUCAGUCCGAAUUUAACGCUACAAGCCCAGCAGCAACCCAAAUAUCAGAUGCAAAUACCUAUACAAGGAUAUCAACAAGGCGGUGCAGUACUUACCCUGGCAUAUUCACCAGAAAACAAUGAACAAAAUGGUAUACAGCUGGUGGGGAACGCCAUGCCUGAUGGUACAAUAAGGAUUAGACCAGGUGUCCAGGUGCUCACAGCUGUGCCGCAGGAAAUUAACAUGGAUACGAAAGAGCAGAUUCUACAAAACAUGCAAAGGGUAUACGAGGCGCAGAAUACUGAGAUAGUUGUGGAGUCUGAGCAGCACGCGCUCAACAACAACACGCGAGGUGACAACAACAACGACUUUGAAGUACAUAUCAAAGAGGAGCGUAUUGAGAAGCCCAACGACAAUGAGAACUCUCAAGGUUCGGAGGGCUGUGAGGGCGUGUCCUGGCGAGUGCUGGACAACACGGAGCUCGUCAAGUACCUCAACUCUCUGCCGCCGCAGGAAGCAGAGGCGUUGCCGCCCUCACUGCAGCAGUAUAUCAGACUGAACAUGAAGAGGGACUGUAUGGAGGACGGCAGCGCCAACUCCGAGGAGAAACCUGUACUAGAUUCAGAUGGUGUACUGCGAGUGAAAAAGAAGAAGAAAUACAAGAAGAAGCCGCCAAAGCCUGCGCGGCCGAAGCCAGGACAGGUGGUGAUCGCCAAGGCAUCAGACGGCACCGCCGUCUACUGCUGCCCCGAGUGCCAGAUGGCAUACCCCGCCAAGGAGCAGCUCGAGAUGCAUCUCAUCGGACACAAGAUUGAGAGACGCUUUAUAUGCGGCAUCUGCGGUGCGGGGCUGAAGCGCAAGGAGCACCUGGAGAGGCACAAGCUGGGCCACAACCCGGAGCGGCCGUACCAGUGCAAGGUGUGCAACAAAGGGUUCAAGCGCCGCGAGCACCUCAACCUGCACGCCGUCAUACACUCCGGCAUCAAGACCGAGCAUUGCGCAGAGUGCGGCAAAGGUUUUUACCGGAAAGACCACUUGCGCAAGCACGCGCGGUCGCACGAGAGUCGGCGUGCGCGCGAUGGACAAGCAGCGGAAGAGAAGACCGCGAUGCUCGCCCAGGCCGCACAGACUGCCCAGACCGCGCAGCCAGCGCCGCAUGACUCCAGUAUGCCCGGCAUCACCAUACACGUACCGACGAGUUCGAAUGCACAGAUGCCAAUACAAAUCAGUAUACCGCAGCACGUGGUAUCCUCCUUGCAGGCACAAAACGCACCUAUCGACGCCCACAGCCAGCUUGAUGCGCUGCUCGCUGACAACUCGUGACCUCUCUGCCCACCCCACAACGUCGCACAAGUCUGACAAGAUAAAUUACAAAAUAAUUAGUUAUAGUCCCAAGAAUCUGGUAAAGUGAGACUAAAUUACAUAAGUACCGCUCCUUCAUAUAAAAAAAAAACUAUUAUAAGAUCUUUGUCGGAAAGUAUUUGUCAUGUCUUGUGUGACAUUUUCUGUAUAUGUAAGUAGGUACUACUUAUAUUUCUAACAUAUCUAACUGCGAUAACUUACCGUGGGUUUCUGACACCAAAUUCUCUAUAUAAAUCAUAUCGUCGUCCUUGUCAUUAUCGUUGACAACACAGAGAUACCAAUAUGUUUUAAAUGGAGAUUUUGGACUCAGAAACCCAUCGUAAGUCUUUCACCGAGCCAGAUAAGGCCGGGUAUUUUUUUACAUGGCAAUAUAGUGACAAUAAAUUAUAAAUAAUGAAAUUAUUAACACUACAACAAUAAAGCAAUCAAAGCGGAAAAUUGUAGUUAAAAUGUGAUCUUUGGUAGCAAUUGAAGUGUAAAAAUGAUUUUUUACAUAUGGCAAUUACUGACAGUGAAAAAAUGAAUUUAACACUGGCAACAUACACAUAAAUUUGUAUCGAUUGAAUUAUGAACUAAAAACGA